AUGUCUCCCCACACUAUUUCAACCACCGCCAACGACCUCGUCAACGAAUAUGCAGACAUCAUCAAGGGAAAGAUCAUCCUCACCACCGGUGUAACACCCAAUAGUCUCGGUGGCACCUUCAUUCAAGAGACGGCUUCCAAAUCCCCAAGUCUUCUCAUCCUCGCCGGCCGCAGUGUCUCAAAGCUCCAAGAUCUUGCCUCAGCUAUCACCAAAGACUAUCCCGACGUCAAAACUCGCAAUCUUAUUGUAGACCUUGGCUCUUUGACUUCGGUGCGCAAGGCUGCUGAAGAGGUCAACAGCUGGGAAGAUGUGCCUAGCAUUGAUGUUGUUGUGAACAACGCUGGUGUUAUGGCUAUCCCUUACUCCAAGACUGAGGAUGGAUAUGAGAAGCAGUUUGCCAUCUGUCAUCUUGGGCAUUUUCUUCUUACGAACUUGAUCAUGGAUAAGAUCUUGGCUUCGGAGUCGCCUCGGGUUGUCAACAUCUCAAGUAACGGACACAGUCUUGGCCCCGUCCGAUUUGCGGACACUCACUUCAGUAACGGCGAGACUUACAAUGACUGGUCUGCCUAUGGCCAAGCCAAAACUGCCAAUGUCCUCUUCUCUAUGUCCCUUGCUCAAAAGCUGGGAAGCCAGGGUCUACAGUCUUACAGCGUGCACCCAGGCCUCAUCACUUCAACUGGUUUAGGAACACACCUUGACUUUGCCAGCAUGGAUGCUGAUCUUGGAGCUUUCAUUAAAGCCCACCGUGAGAGAGGAAACUCAGAAGGCUGGAAUUUUAUUCCCACCGUCCCUGUCGAAGUCGGCGCAGCUACGCACGUGUUUGCCGCUUUUGAUCCAAACAUCAGGGCAAGCAACGGCGCUUAUCUUCUGGAAGCCAGGGUCUCAGACCCUUAUGUCGACACCAUCAAAUCUUGGGCGCGGGACCCCGUCGAAGCUGAGAAGCUUUGGAGAUUAAGCGAGGAGCUUGUUGGACAGAAGUUUGGAUACUAA